AUGUCUUCUUCAACCUCAGUGGGUUUCUCCAAUCUACUGAACCCUCAGGACACGACGGAUUCGAGUUCCCCCAUCGCUACCGCCCAGCCCACCACCCCUCUCUCGUCCGACUCGUCCAUGGCCUCUUCGGUCAGCCUCUUGCCGCCUCUCAUGAAGGGUGCUCGUCCGGCCAACAAGGAGGUUCGUCAGGAUCUGCCUCGCCCCUACAAGUGUCCUCUGUGCGAUCGGGCCUUCCACCGCCUGGAGCACCAGACCCGUCACAUUCGCACCCACACGGGUGAGAAGCCUCACGCCUGCCAGUUCCCUGGCUGCACGAAGCGCUUCAGCCGCUCGGAUGAGUUGACUCGUCACUCGCGAAUCCACAACAACCCCAACUCUCGUCGCAGCAACAAGGCUCAGCACUUGGCGGCGGCCGCGGCCGCCGCCGCGGCGGGUCAGGAUGCGGCCAUGGUCAACGCGGCCAACAUGAUGCCUCCUCCUAGCAAGCCGAUCACACGCUCUGCCCCCGUCUCCCAGAUUGGCUCUCCGGAUGUGUCCCCUCCUCACUCCUUCUCCAACUACGCCAACCACAUGCGUUCGAACCUGGGUCCGUACUCGCGCACUUCCGAACGCGCUUCCUCGGGCAUGGACAUCAAUCUGCUGGCCACCGCAGCCUCGCAGGUGGAGCGCGAUGACCACCUGGGCUUCCACGGCUCAAGACACCAUAUGUUUGGAUCGCGUCACCACGCUCGCGGUCUGCCCUCGCUCUCUGCCUACGCGAUUUCGCACAGCAUGACCCGAUCGCACUCCAACGAGGAUGACGAUGCAUAUGGGCAUCGUGUCAAGCGCUCGCGCCCCAACUCGCCCAACUCCACUGCUCCUUCUUCGCCCACGUUCUCUCAUGAUUCGCUUUCGCCAACUCCCGACCACACUCCGCUGGCCACGCCCGCGCACUCUCCUCGGCUCCGUCCAUUGGGUACGAGUGAACUCCAUCUUCCUUCCAUUCGUCACCUGUCUCUCCAACAUACUCCCGCUCUGGCGCCCAUGGAGCCCCAGCCUGAAGGUCCCAAUUAUUACAGUCCUGGUCAAGGUCACAUGGGUCCCAGCAUCACCGAUAUCAUGUCCAAACCCGAUGGCACGCAGCGAAAGCUGCCUGUCCCGCAGGUCCCUAAAGUUGCCGUGCAAGACAUGUUGAACCCGUCCACCGGCUUCUCGUCCAUGUCCUCGUCCACAAAUAAUUCCGUGGCGGGCAAUGAUCUGGCCGAUCGCUUUUAA